AACGAUAGGUGGCAACAUCACAUAUUUUCUGAACAUUUAUCAAUAAGGCGCGCGGCAGAGCUGAUGUCAUAAACAUUUUUAAAAUUUAAAUAACUACUUAGACGUAGACUGAGUAUGUUCAGAGAAACCCAGGCCCGUUGCUUUGAACUGUUAAAUGAACUGAACUGUUGCUAACCAGAAGCUGUUUCCUGGGGAUUACUGAUUAGAGCGCAACCCGUGUGCAUCCGGAAAUUAGUCCGUGUGGAAGGUUUUGUUUACAGAAUGGAUGAAUUCAAAGGCUGCGAUUUGGAUUACUUCCCCGAAAACAUCUUGAUAGACGUGUUGUCGUUUUUGAGCGUCAGAGAGCUUGUUCGAGCUGGAAGGGUUUGUAAGAGAUGGAAACGGCUGGUUAAAGACCAAAGACUGUGGAGAACAGUAGAUCUGACUGCUUGGAAAGGGGUGACAUCUCGCAUCCUUUGGGUCUUGCUGCGUCAGUACUUUGGUUGUGGACUGAGGUGCCUUCGCCUGCGUGGCUUGCUGCUUUCUGCCCGGGGUGGAACCUUUCUCUCAGAGUCCUGGCUCAAAGCUUUGUCCACUAAAUGCCCUCGCUUGAGUAAGCUAUGCCUUCUACAUGCAGACUUGAGAACCUUACCCAACUGCCACCUCUUGCCUCCUUCUCUACGUGUGCUGGAGCUCCGUGGUUGUGAGCUCCCUCAGGGCUUUUUUUGUCAGGCCAAGAGUUCCUCACCUGCUUUUCCUCAGGACAGAGCAGUGGCUACUUCCAGCGCUGGUGGUUCACAGCAAGGAAAAAAUCCAAAAGUCAAAGGGCAGGCCUCGCCUUUAGGCAUUAGUAUUGAGAGUCUAGUUCUUAACAAUGUGCCCUCUUUCACAGAUCAGCACCUGCAGAGUCUGACAUCAUGGGAGAGGCUUUGUCGUUUAGAACUUCGCGACACAUUUCGUAUAACAGCAAAUGGGCUUAGAAGCUGUGCAGCAAAAGAUGGCCUUUCAGGUAUGGAGGGCCUGUCCAAGCUCAAGUUUUUGGAGUUAGGUAUUACAGCAAGGCAAGGCUACCAGUUGCAGAUGGCCUCCCUUGGGCUGGGCGCGGGAUGGCUUGGAUUAGAGGAGCUGAGUCUCGGUGGUAAAGAGGUAGGGCCGGGUUUGCUCUGUGCCAGCCGCUUGAAAGAUUUGAAGCGCCUGUGCUUGUGGGCCUGCACGCUCGGUGAGCUGCAGAUCGUGCGCAGCUGCAGGAUGCUCCGCGGACUCCGCCAGCUCCAGUUUGAAGAUGUUGUCUUCCAGCCUCGGCAGAGUCCACCGGCAGAAGAGGAGGAAAGGAGCAACGAAGAACAGCAAGAUGGAGAGGAACAUUCAGAGAUGGAUAACAACGAUGACAACAAGACACAAGACACGAAUGAUCCUUUUCCAAGCCUUAGGCGCUCAUUGGCCGUCAUGCUGCCUUCUUGUAGUCUGGUUUUUACCAACUGCUCUGUUCAAAUAAACGCAGACUGAUAGAGGUCUCAACUAAUGCUCUGUUCUGACAACAAGUCCAUGUAAAUCUUUGGGAGACUGUUGUAGUUUAGUACAAACAGCAAUCGGCACCCAAUAAUCUGAAAAUCAUCAUGGUUAAAGCCCCACUGUCUGUGUGAAUUGAAUAAAAUGGAAUUCCACUUUGAUGUUGGUGAGUUCACAAAGGCGCAUCGAAGGGGGGAGUGCACCCCCCUGUCCAUCCAAAAAGAGGGCAAAAAAAAAAAGAUUUACUUACAGGUUAAAUGGAGUUCAUUGUGUAAAGCUCUUUUAAGCCUUAUCCAAAUUAGAAAUAAUUAUUUCAUAUUUUUUGGAACUCUGGGUAAAAAAACAUGUAAAUAAGUGUUGCAUUUUUUAAAAUAGAUGUUUAAAUAGAUUCUUUCCGAAUUGACGUUCUCCAAUUAACCAAAAUUAAGGCUUCAUGGUGUGUUGUGAUAAAAGAUGAAAGCUAACUUUUAAACUCAUCAAGGUGAAUUACACUGAGAUUGUUCACUGACACAGGAUUAGGCUAAUUCAUCACACUGAUGGAAACAUCAAAAACCUUUUGUCACCCCUUUUUGAAAAAUGUGCCUCUUAGACUGACAGUUAUUAAGAAGAGGUGUUGAAUCAUGAAUGUUUUGAAGGUUUAAACAGAGUUUACUGUCACAAAAAGAUGUAUCAUUCUAUCUUUAAGCAGUUUCUUUUUUCAGGUGAAUCAAUGGGUUCUUUUUUUCAAAAAGAAGAAAUACUGAUAAGUGAGUCAUUUCAAGGUGCAUCCUUAGGUCGUGUUACAAACGUAGAAAGCAGAACUGUCACUGCUUGACUAUCUGACAUGCAUGUGUUGGUUGCAAAGCCAAAAAACUAAAGCGAGCUGAAAAAGCAACAAUGCACCUGUUUCCUGUUACUCAACUGCUUUUUACCAGGUUUUUACAUUCACAAAUCAUACAAUUCACUCACAUGUAGCAGGUUGUGGUGAUGCAAAUGCACUGUGUACUGCUAAAACAAGUCUCUCUCAAGUUGCAAUGUUUUUUUUUGUUUUUGUUUUUUACAUUUGUGAUAAUAAAUUUGAAUGUGAACAUAAA